AUGCGUUGUGCGGCACUCUGCCUGAGGUACCGUCGCUGCAUGUCAUUUAACUUCAACGCCAUCACAGGAGAUUGUCAACUCAACGACUCCACGCAGCAGAUAAACCCAACAAGUUUGCAGUAUGCAGUUCACUUCAGUUACUUUGAACGCUCCGACCAAGGUCUUAUUCAGCAAGAAAUUACUGCCCACACAUCACUUUCUACAUCCACAGAAACUCCUUUUGAAGCCUCCUCCUCCUCACCCAUCGAUACUCAAAGCCCUGUGGUGACAUGUCCUCAGGAUACCUACAGCUACACCACGGAUGUCAAUGUAUCUGUGUCUGUGACUUGGAUAGGUUGGCCUAGAGCUACUGAUGAUGCGGAUGGCAUCCUAGGCGUUAUCUGUCAAGAUGAUGCCAUGACCACUGUGGUUUCAGGGGACGAGUAUAAAGCGGGUAACACAACCGUCACAUGUCAAGCUUCAGAUGCAGCCGGGAAUGCAGGCAAUUGUGCCUUCUUGAUCAGUAUUGUAGGUUCAUGGUGCGGACAAUCUUCAGGUUCUUGGCUGCAGAUAGAUAUGGGACGACUGGUGAAACUGUACGGUCUCAUCGUGCAGGGACGAGCCUUAUCUCUCUUCUAUGUAUCAUCAUUCUAUAUGAGUUACAGCAACGACGGCCUGGAAUGGACCGAUGCAAAAACGGAAGACAAUGUAAAACGAAAGUUUGUAUCUGGGUCGGCAGACGGAGAUGCCAUGGUUCCAGUUCAGACCGCAUCACAAGUAAUGAUCUGUAGCAGAUUCAUCCGCGUCAUACCAAAAGGCUACACUACUGGUGGGAUGUGCUUACGUCUCGAGCUUGUUGGCUGCGUUUGA